CAUACCAUUUUCUACUUCCACUCUUCAAGCCACCGCCACCGCCAUGUUAGCUGUGAAAAGCUCUCUCUUUUUCCUCCUCCUCUCUCUCCUCACCCUCCAGUGCCUCACCGCCGCCUCCGCCGCCUGCCAUGUGGACGACGAAUCGGGUCUCCUCGCCUUCAAAUCGGCCAUCACCCAUGACCCCUCCGGCAUGCUUCAAAACUGGAAGUCCGGUACGGACUGCUGCAAAUGGCCAGGUAUCACCUGCCUGUCUGGAAACCGGGUCACGAGUCUCUCCCUCACGGGCCAACCCGGCAAACAGAAUGGCUUUUUGUCCGGUACAAUCUCGCCUUCUCUGGUGAAAGUGCAGAACUUGGAUGGAAUUUACCUGCUGAACCUCCGAAACAUCACGGGUCCUUUUCCGGCUCUUCUUUUUGGGCUGCCGAAACUCCUGUUCGUUUACAUCGAAAACAACCAGCUUUCUGGCCGGCUUCCCCGAGAUAUCGGAAACUUGACCCAACUCAAUGCGCUGAGUUUUGAGGGUAACCGGUUCAGCGGGCCAAUACCGAGUUCGAUCUCCCAGCUGACUGGGUUGACUCAGCUCAAACUCGGUGACAACCUCCUCACUGGCACAGUGCCAGCCGGCAUCAGCCGGCUCAAGGACUUGACCUUUCUCAGCCUCGAACGGAACGGGAUCUCCGGCAGCAUACCGAACUUCUUCUCCUCGUUCUCUAACCUCCGGAUUCUCCGACUUUCUCACAAUAAGUUUUCCGGGAAAAUUCCGAACAGCAUUUCAAGCUUAUCUCCAAAAUUGGCCUAUUUGGAGCUGGGCCACAACUCCCUAGUGGGACAAAUCCCAGAUUUUCUCGGAAACUUUACGGCAUUGGAUACCCUUGAUCUUUCCUGGAACCAAUUCUCCGGCACUGUGCCAAAAACUUUUAAGCUCACAAAAAUAUUCAACCUCGAUCUGUCGCACAAUUUUCUCGUCGAUCCCUUCCCAGAAAUGUCCGUAAAAGGGAUCGAAUCACUCGAUCUAUCGUACAAUCACUUCCAUCUCGGUACAGUUCCAAAAUGGGUCACAUCAUCUGAGAUCAUCUACUCACUGAAGCUCGCAAAAUGCGGACUCAAGUUCAAACUAGACGAUUGGAAGCCGUCGGAAACCUAUUUCUACGACUACAUCGAUCUCUCGGAAAACGAAAUCACAGGUAGUCCGACCCAGUUGUUGAACAAAACCGAUUACCUGGUAGGGUUUUGGGCCUCCGGCAACCAGCUGCGAUUCGAUUUGUUAAAACUGAGAAUCGUGAAGACGCUGAAGUACUUGGAUGUGUCGCGGAACAUGGUUUUCGGGAAGGUGCCUGAGGGGAUAACGGGGUUGGAGAAGCUGAAUGCGAGCCACAACCAUUUGUGUGGUCGGCUUCCUCCGUCGAAGUUUCCAGCGAGUGCGUUCCAGGGCAAUGACUGCCUGUGCGGGUCGCCACUUUCGGCUUGCAAAAGGAGUAAAUAAAAGUGAAGAUAUUGGUGGAAAUGGAAUAAAUAAGGGAAGCAACUUUUAGUUAUUAAUAAUAGUAAGGAGUUGUUUGGUAGUGUAGAUGUUUUUUCUUUCUCUUUUUUUAUUUUUAUUUUUUGGAGUGUUGUUUUUUUGUUGCUGUAAUGCUAUGAUAAUGAGAGUUUGCUUCCCAUUUUAUUUUCAUAUUUUGUUCCGUCUUUAUGAAAAAUUUGCAGCAAAAAUGGUAAAUUGAGA